CCACAGCAACUCCUCCAGAAGCAGCAGGAGGGGCAGCGACUCACAGCAGAGCCAUGAACCGGGAUAUCUGCCGUGUUUAAUGGCACGAAGAGCAAGUCGGAUGGCUGCACACAUCCUCCUCAGCUUAACUGAGACCACUUUGUUUUUGAGACUGUGACUGAAGGCUGUUUGGGUUUUGCCGAGCUGAGUGUGACGAGUGAGGAGGAGCAGCGAGUGAGAGAGGGACACUUUACACAGUUUUGACUCUUGUUCUGUCUCAACCUUACCUUACUUUACUUUCUGGACACUUUUUGCACGAAUGAGCUUCAUAUGCUGCUGUCUCUGGCGCUCAGCUAGCUGACUGGCAUCCUUUAGUCCGGGGGAUCUUCAAUCAGCUCAAUAUGUACCAGGGGCAUCUCCAGGGGAAAGACUCUAGGGCUGCAGAUAAGACCGUUGCCAUGGUCCUGAAGGAGAUACCCAAUAAGGCGUCCUCAGAAGGCAAGCCCCUCCUCACGGUGACAAACAAGCUGGUGAGCGAGCAACAAGAGAGUCGUCCUUUGUUGAGCCCCUCCAUCGACGACUUCCUGUGUGAGACCAAGUGCGAUGGAGCUGUCCGUCCAGUUACCUCCAACACAGCAGUCCUGUCCUCUUCAUUGGACCUGCUGGACCUGAGUGAGCCUGGGGAGAGGAGGAAUAGUAAAGACAGAAAGAGCCCUGUGUCCAGCAAGAACACGCCACACAGAAAGAAACCAGACGAAACAGAGUUGAUCCAGGUGGACAUUGAACAGAGCACACCCCGCUCACGCACACCUGUGAAAGACUCUCUGGAUUCAGUAGCUAAUCCUUCUCCACUGGAGAAAUGGGAGGAACUCAACCUGCAUCCAGAGCGAACCGGUAGCAGAAAAUGGAAACUGGAGAGAAGACGGUCCUCAAAGAACUCUGGAGAGUUUGUUUGGUCCAUUGAUGGGAAAAUACAAACUGAAACAGCCACCAAGAACUCAUUAGAAGUAAAUUACAAAGUGGAGACAGAGACGUCCCCUGCCACUCAAGGCCGACUGAGCAAAGACCAGCGGUGGGGCAGCGCACUCCUGUCCAGAAACCAGUCCCUUGAGGAGGAAUUUGAGCGAGCCAAAGCAGCCGUGGAAUCAGACACAGAGUUCUGGGAUAAGAUGCAGGCCGAGUGGGAGGAACUGGCCCGCAGGAACUGGCUGCUGGAGAACGAGCAGGCCCAGAUACCCUCCACAGUGUCUCCUCACGAAAAGGGAUAUUACUUCCACACAGACAAUCCAUAUAAAGAUUGGCCUAAUGCAUUCGAAGAGGGCGUGCGGAAGGCCAGAGAGGGAGACCUGCCAAACGCUGUUCUACUGCUGGAGGCGGCCAUCUUGCAGGACCCUCAAGACUCUGAGGCCUGGCAAGUAUUGGGGACCACACAGGCGGAGAAUGAGAACGAGCAGGCAGCAAUUGUCUCCCUCCAGAGGUGUCUGGAGCUCCACCCCAACAACCUCCAGGCCCUGAUGGCCUUGGCAGUGAGCCUGACCAACACAGGCAUGAAGCAGGAGGCCUGCGAGGCGCUGCUGGGCUGGCUGAGGCACAACCCCAAAUACAAACACCUGCUGAAGACCCGCAGUCACCUGCAGGGCUCGCCCGGAUCCCGCCGCCUCUCCUGCACUUUACCAAUACCAUGCUCUCUGUUGCCAGAAGUGAAGGAGCUGUUUCUGGAAGCUGCAGGGCAGAACCCAGACAUCAUCGACCCAGACCUGCAGACAGGUCUGGGGGUGCUCUAUAACCUCAGCUCCGAGUUCAACAAGGCCGUGGAAGCCUUUAACGCUGCACUGUCCGUCCGGCCAGAGGACUACUUGUUGUGGAAUCGUCUUGGGGCAACGCUGGCUAAUGGAGACCGCAGUGAGGAGGCGGUAGAGGCUUACACCCGGGCCCUGGAGCUCCACCCUGGCUUCAUACGCUCACGCUAUAACCUGGGCAUCAGCUGCAUCAACCUGGGAGCGCACAGGGAGGCUGCCAGCAAUUUCCUGACGGCACUCAGUCUGCAGAGGAAGAGCAGGAGUCGGCAGUUCUCGCACCAGGUCAUGUCUGGAAACAUCUGGGCAGCCCUGAGGAUAGCCCUAUCCAUGCUGGACCAGCCCGAGCUCUUCCAGGCGGCUAACAUCGGGGACCUGGACUUACUCAUGAGAGCCUUCAACCUGGAUAUGUGAACUUUAGACUGCGUACAAGCCAAGAACCCAAAGCCCUUCAUAGGAAGUAACCCGUUACCCGCGUUACAGACCGAGUCUUUUAUUCCUUUUCGCAGAGCACCUUUACAUUCCUGAGGACUGCUAGUGCUUAAUGAGAGACAGUUUCUGACGGAUUUGCACUGCAGCGGAAGAUUUCCCCGAAGAGCACAACGCCUGGCGAAGAUUGUAGAAGUAUGCCUUAGAGAAAAUAUCAAUUAGUGACGACUCAUCCAGUGGAGCUGGAACAUGCUGUAAGAACUCUGAAAUACAGUUUGUACCUCUCGCAACCUGAAAAGGGUUAUAGUCCCAGGUUCCGUAUGACAAAGCUGAUGACAUUUGCAUUGACAAACAGAUCAGAGCAAUAGUUUGAAAUUGCUCAAGAAAAGAUUUCAGCAGUUCAGCCCUCAUAUCCAAUUUUUAUCAAAAAGCAACAGCUUUCAAUAUUCAAUAGAGUUAAUAAUUAUCAAUAACCCAUUGUUAAAUGAAUGGGCGGUAUCUUCAUCAGACUUUUGUUGCACUGCACUAGAUUCAGGAUCCCUGUAGAUGCUUUCCUUAUCACUGCAUUGCUAGAAGAAAAGCCCUUCCUGUUUGUUGCUGUAACUAGGUCAGAUUGUAGAGCCUUAUUCAAGAUGCAUGAUGAACAAUUAGUUAUUUCAGAGACUUUAUGAAGAUGAUUAGCAGAUGGAAGCCAUUACCUGCCAUAUCUUCCCUCUUCAAACAACUUGUCAACUGUCACUGAGAACUUUUCCUUCCAGUUUCACUAAUUUCAAGGCUUUCUGUUUGAACACCUUUACCCUGUCUCUGAAUGCCAUAGUGAUUGUUUUUGAUGCACAGAAGAUGCGGGCGGUCCUCGACAUCGCCACUUGCCAUGAAGUAUAAUCACGUACCACAUAUUCAGUCACUUUCAACUUUAAGGUGUCGUUUUUUUUCGCAAAGGCCUGUGGCAUUAUUGCAAUAUGUGUCUUAAUGCUAAGGUGAUUAAUCCAGACAAAUAUUAAUGUUUGAGACAGCAGGUUUGACUUAAUACGGCCCUAGAAGAGCUGUGUGUUGCAUGCCUUAGGCAAAUGUGGCAAGAGGGAAGUGUCAAAAAAUGCUAUGCAAAAUUAAUCACAUGCCAUGGUUGAAUUUCCUGGUUGUAAAGAUGGAGGCAGGGAGGAGGAGGAGUAGUAUUGUUCAGAUGAAUCUAUUUACAUCACACCUUUAAUAUCAUCUGUUCGUGAUUUGUUUAAGAAGUGGAAAGACAAUGGAAAAAGAAUAUAUAUAUAUA